CAUUUCCCCAAGUACGAGAGAGAGAGAGAGAGAGAGCAGAGGAGCACGCUACGCUACGUGAGGGGAGAGAAGAGAGAGGGAGGUCGAGGGAGGGAGGCAGCAGGGGUUGCAGCAGAGGCCAGAAGCAUUAGAAGCGGCAGUCGUAACCAAGUGGCAUCAGUAGAUAGAGCCAGCCAUCUAUCUAUCCAUCUAUCUAGCUCUACAGGUAUAAAUCCUCACGCAUCGGUAGGAGGGCGAGAGGGGGGCCGACGGGGGACGGGAGAGGCCGCCUGCCAGCAGGCCAACUACCGAGUGGGGGAGGACCGGGAAACCGGAGGAGGGGAUUUCUCGGGGAGCGGAGGGUCGGCCAGGACCUGAUUGGGCUCCAGGGCGCGAUCUUUGAGCGCAGAUUUGGUGCCCGCGAUCUGCCAUGGAUUUGAUUUAAGAUUUAGGGAGAUCGGUCGUGUUCGCGUCGCGCUGCGAGAUUCGAUUUUUUAUGCCUGUUUUAUUCACGAGAUUGCAAGAACGGGACUGCUAAGCAAGCUAAGGUUUCAUAUUUUUCUGGAUCAAUUUCAAAUUAGGAUUUAGGAGGAGGAAAUAAAGCAAGAAUAGAAAGCUUUUUUUUGGGGUGAAGCCAUGAUGCUGGAAGGGAAGUCCUACCUUGUUCCGCGCUCCCUGCUGAGCUCCUGCGAGACGGAGACGCAGUGGGCGUACCUCGCUCACGAGGUCCUCGGCGGCAAGCGCCCGGCGCCGGAAGACGUCGAGGUCGAAGACCUCGACGAAGCUGACGGCGGCGGCAAGCGCAGCAAGCCGCCGUCUCCGCAGCCGCACACGCCGGACAUCUCCGAGGGUCGCGGCUCCAGCCGCCAUGCCUCCGGUUGCGGAGAGCAGCAGGGCACUGGGAGCAACCCCAUGAAUUCAAUCGGCCGUGACCUGACCCUCAAUUGCCUCCUCCGGCUAUCUCGGUCCGACUACGGCUCGGUGGCCUCCCUCAGCCGGGACUUCCGAUCCAUGGUCCGCAGCGGGGAGAUCUACCGCCUGCGGCGCCAGAAUGGGGUGGCCGAGCAUUGGGUCUACUUCUCCUGCAACGUUCUUGAAUGGGAUGCCUAUGACCCAUAUCGAGAGCGCUGGAUCCAAGUGCCUAAGAUGCCGCCUGAUGAAUGCUUCAUGUGCUCUGACAAGGAAUCACUUGCAGUGGGCACUGAACUGCUUGUGUUUGGGAUGGCACGUAUUGUCUUCAGAUACAGCAUCCUAACCAAUUCAUGGACCAGGGCUCAUCCAAUGAACUCUCCGCGGUGCCUGUUUGGUUCAACAAGUGUUGGGGAAAAGGCCUUCGUUGCUGGAGGCACUGAUUCUAUUGGCAACAUACUGAGCUCUGCAGAGAUGUAUGACUCUGAGACACAUACCUGGACGCCCCUCCCAAGCAUGAAUAGGGCAAGGAAGAUGUGUUCUGGGGUUUUCAUGGAUGGCAAGUUCUAUGUGAUAGGUGGUGUGGCUAACAACAACAAAUUGCUGACUUGUGGGGAGGAGUAUGACUUGAAGAGGCGUUCCUGGAGGAUAAUCGAGAACAUGUCUGAAGGCCUCAAUGGAGUGACUGGUGCUCCUCCCCUUAUUGCAGUUGUCAGCAACGAGCUAUACGCCGCUGAUUACAGCGAGAAUGACCUCAAGAAGUAUGACAAGAAGAACAACAGGUGGAUCACCCUUGGAAAACUGCCUGAACGGUCUGUGUCAAUGAAUGGUUGGGGCCUUGCUUUCCGAGCCUGCGGUGACUGCCUGAUUGUCAUCGGAGGUCCGAGGACCUACACUGGCCGUACUAUUGAGCUCAACUCAUGGACCCCAAACGAGCGGCCGCCUGUGUGGAAUUUGAUUGCCAGGCGGCCAUCUGGGAACUUCGUGUACAACUGCGCCGUGAUGGGUUGCUGAGUUCCACUGAAUAAAAGAUAAGUGCAGUGGAUAUUUAUGAAGGAUGGUAUGCACAGAGGUAGCCUGUCCCAAUUGCUUCGGCCCUUAUUCUUCGUAGUAGCGGUUUCUGCCGUCUGGCCCAGUUCCGGAAUUAUGUGGACAUCAGCUGAUUGUCAGCAGUCUCAUGUAACCCUUGAGUUCUGAUACUCCUGUUUCCCUGCUAAUCCAUUUCUACAUUUGCAUUUGAAUCAACUGCUCGUGAUUUCAAAGAUACGAGACUAUGCAAAACAAAUGUCAUAUUAAUAAUCUAGAAACAGCUUCGAGAUGGGUUUUAUCUAUUGAUGAGGAACCUGUU